AUGAGUCACCGAGAAAUCUCACCGGCCAUCCUAUACUGGGGCACCCCAGUAGUCUUGAUCAGCAGCUCAAACCCCGAUGGAACUACCAACAGAGGUCCGAUGUCCUCAGCAUGGUGGCUGGGGCGCGGUUGUAUGCUCGGUCUCGACGCAUCCUCUCAGACGACACAAAACAUGCUUUGCACAAAACAGUGCGUCCUGAAUCUAGCGUCAGACAAUAUGGCUGCCAGCGUCAACAAGCUUGCGCGGACAACGGGCACCGACCCUGUCCCUGAAUCGAAACAGACUAGAGGAUAUCACUUUGUCAAGGACAAAUUUGGAUAUGCGGGUUUGACGCCAUCACCAUCCAAACGUGUCGCUUCUCCGGGGAUCAGAGAGUGUCCCGUCAUGAUGGAAGCUGAAGUCGUCGCCGUGCACGAGAUGUAUGGAGGGCGAGCAGUUCAGGGUCUAGUGCUUGCAAUCGAGGUGCGGAUUCUUCGUGUGAGCAUACACGAGAACCUCAAGUUGGAGGGAUACUGUAAUCGGGUCGAUGCGGAUAAGUGGAAGCCUAUGAUCAUGAUGUUUUCUGACUUGUACGGGUUGAAGAGUGGGAAGCUGGAGCAUUCAAAUCUGGCGGACAUCGAGGAGGAGAUGUAUCGAGGACUGACGGAGACGACGGGCCAAGUUCAGGAGGAAUAG